AUGCGCUCCUUCACACAGCCUCCAUUGGUGUCCACCGGCAUGCAGGCAUCGACAUGUGUGCGCCGCGCCGCUGCGUGGCUCUUGGUCGGCGCAGCUUGCGUCUCGGCAUUACCACUUCGCGAUGGACCUUCGGUGUUCGCUCCUGCGGCUCAGUCUUUGCAGCGUCGAGCGAUCAUGAAGGGCGACAACUACGUUCCGCUUGGCAACACCACCGUGCCGCUCUCGCCGCUGCUGCUCGUAUUCGGCGGUCUUGGGGCCGCGGCGGUGGCGCUCGUGGUGGCGUUGAUACGCAUCUUGGUGCCGUCGUGCAUGUCGAGGUCGUCGCGCAUCGUGCUCGAGGAGCGCGAGCGUGCACGUCAGGAUCUGCGCAUCCGAGGCGCUGUUAGCCCGCGCGGCAGUCCGGGAGGCAGCCCCGUGCCUGGUGCUAGCACGCCGGUGCAUCCGCAACAACGACGAUAUCCGCCCAACAAACCCAUGCGCAAGGUCGGGCGCAACUCGCGCGGCAGCUUCACGCCGGCCGACUCGGCUUCGACCGUGUCGAGGAAGAGGUCGUACCGCGGCACGUCGAUUUCGCUGUCCGAGGCGAGCAAGAAGGUGGACCGGUCGGUGGCAUCGAGCUUGAGCGGCUUCCAGGUGCCGCUGCUUACUUCGAAUGACUCGAGCAGCGGAUCGUCGUCGUUCCAUCUGAAUGCAAAGGAGACCAUGUCGGAACGCGCAAAGUAUCCGAUCACCGCCACCAACGAUCUUAACCUGGCACGCAAUAAUCCGAGGCUCAGCUUUGGGACGCGACAUCUGGCGCGCACGAGCUCGAUUGGUAAGGGUGCGGAUUUGCAUCGAACACGCAGUGGGGGGCGUCAGCAGCCCGAGAUUGCGUUGCAUCCGCAGCCGGUCGAUCCGGCGUAUGCGCAGCGGUGGGCGAGGCGCGAGUCGUAUCAGCAUCCGCUGCAGGCGACGAGUCGGAGGGAUUCGACGCUCUCGGCGUACGAGGUGAGCAGCAGCUCGGCAGAGCAUAGCUAUCUCGAAAGCACAGCCACCAGCAGGAUCGGCUCGUUCAGCAACAUGUCUGGCAAUCCGUUGCAGCCGCUUAGUGCGCCUGGGUUCGGGGCGAUGCCGCAGGCCACGCAGCCGUGGGCGAGUCCGAGGUCGUUGAGCAGGUCGCCGACCCCGGACUCGUUGUCGCCCAAUGCGUCCAGGUUGGCUGUGGUGGGUGCGCCGCAGGUGGGCAGUAGGAACUCGUCCGUCAGUGCGCUGCUCGAUUCGGAUGGUAGCGAUGCAGGGGUGGCGCCCCAGACGGCGGUGCUCAUUCCAUCGCGCGCCACGUCGUUCACAAAGUAA